AUCUAAACCAAUCUAAUGAUUGUAAUGAUUCUUUAGACAAUGCUAAUGCUAAUGUUAAUAUCAAUGUCAGCACCAAUGCUAAUAUCAAUGCUAAUACCAAUAUUGAUCCCAACACCAAUAUUAAUAUCGAAAUCAAUGCCAGCACCAAUACCAAUGUCAAUGCCAACAUCAACAUCAAUGCUAAUGCCAAUAUUGAUACCAACACCAACAUCAAAGUUGAUGCCAAUAUCGAUAUUGAUGCCAACACCAAUGCAAAUAUCAAUGCCAACGUCAAUGUUAAUGCCAACACCAAUGGUA